AUGACUGCCGAAAAGCCAGCUCUUGUCCUCUUAGACGUGCAAAACGGCGUCGUCGAUCGCCUCGAAAACACCGAGCCUUACCUCCAAGCCGUUGCAUCGGUGACACAGGCUGUGCGAAAUGUCCAGGUGGACAUUAUCCACGUGGUCACUGGUUUCCGUGCAGGUUACCCUGAGUGUCACCCCCGAAACUCCUCCAUGAGCAAGGUCAAGGCCUGGGGGGCCUUCCGAAACAAUCACCAGUCCGCCCAGGUUCAUCCGGCUGUGUCAUCAUCUGAGGAAGAGCCUAUUGUUACCAAGCAUCGAGUCUCGGCUUUCACCAGCACUGACCUCGACCUCAUCCUUCGAUCCAUGGGCAUUACGGAGGUGGUCAUUGCAGGCCUUAUAACCAGCGGUGCAGUGCUGUCGACGGUUCGCUCAGCCGCGGAUCUGGACUACAAUGUGACUGUUGUGGAGGAUUUGUGCAUGGAUCGUGACCCCGAGCUUCAUCAGGUGCUGAUGAAUAAGGUCUUUUCACGCCAGGGUCGCGUCAUUAGCUCUGAGGUGUGGUUGAAAGAGAUUGGGCAGUGA